GCGAUUCCAGAUUUUAUCGAAGCUUAUCAAGCAAAAAAUUAUUCAGCCGCCCCUCCUUAUAUCCGCGAUAACGAAGAGGCCUGUUGCCCGCGAUCGCAAAGUCUCACCAACUUCAGCACUGCAUAUACCCUUUUUCUUCCUUGGACCUCGCCAAUUCGUCCUCAUACACCUCCGAUCUCAUCAAUCUACCAGAAAUAACUCUUGCGCCAAACCACACAUUCCACCAUGCCGUUCCCGCAAGACCCCCAAGAUCCUAACCACCAGGAUCACCAGGACAACGAUAUGCACGACGAGGACGAGAUUAUCCAGGGGGAUGAAAUCGACGAGGUUUUUGAGGGUGACGACGCCGAGGGUGACGUCGCCAUGGACUCUGACGACGAAGACCACGAGAUGGGUGAAGGCGACGAGGAGAUCCUCCUACACAACGACAGCAUCGCCUACUUUGACGCCCACAAGGACUCCGUCUUCGCCAUUGCGCAACACCCCAUCUACCCACAGCUGAUCGCGACCGGCGGUUCCGAAGGCGAAGCCGACGACGCGCCCGGCAAGGGCUACGUGUUCGACACCUCCGCCGCCGUCUCACGCCCCGUCCUCCCUCCCAGCUUCCAGUCCGACCCGAGCGCUGGCCAACAGCAGAACCCCCAGCUCACCCCCAUCUUCGAGAUCGACGGGCACACCGACAGCAUCAACGCUCUCGCCUUCACACUACCCAAGGGCGAAUUCCUCGCUAGCGCCGGCAUGGACGGCCGGUUACGCGUGUACGCCGUUGGCACGGGCAACAACCAGUUCCAGUUCCAGUUCCUCGCUGAGUCGCAAGAGACCGAAGAGAUCAACUGGCUUCUUCCCUGCCCAUCCGCCGACUUCCCUAACACCCUCGCCCUCGGCGCCUCCGACGGCUCCGUGUGGGUCUUCACCAUCGACCCUACCGACUCUGCCUCCCCGAUCCAGAUCAUCCAGUCCUACUUCCUGCACACAGGCCCUUGCACGGCGGGCGCCUGGUCGGCCGACGGCAAUCUGCUGGCCACGGUCUCUGAGGACGCAUCCAUGCACGUCUUCGACGUCUGGGGCGUCGCCGCCGCCAAGAACCUCGUCACCGACAACGGCCAGACCGUCGUCUCGCUCACCGAAGCCGACCAGCGCUUCGCCGUCGAAGGCGGCCUGUACUCGGUCGCCAUCUCGCCCUCGGGCAACUUCGUCGCCGCCGGCGGCGCAGGCGGUAACAUCAAGAUCGUCGGCUUGCCGCGCCUUUCCGAGCAGCCUCAACAAACAAAGCCAACAGCCUCCCGCCCCGCCCCCGCCAUCCGCGGCCCCGCCGGCCGUCGCAUGCCCGCUCCCUCACAACGUCCUUCCGCCUCCGGCGCGGGCGCCGAGCCCUCAGCCCAAGCAGGCGCUAUCCUCGCCUCCCUCGCCGUGCAAGGCGACGGCAUCGAGACCCUCGCCUUCUCCCCCCUUCCGAACACCCUUUUGGCAGCGGGCUCAGUAGACGGCAGCAUCGCCGUGUACGACAGUGCGCGCUCGUUCGCGGUGCGCAAGCACAUCCGCGGCGCGCACGAGGGCGAGUCGGUCGUCAAGGUGGACUUUGUCAAGAGCGCGACUUCGCAGCCCGGCACGCACGGGUGGCUUUUGACGAGCUGCGGAUUGGACGGUGUGGUCAGGAGAUGGGAUCUGCGUGGCGCGACGGCAACUCAGCAGACGAUGCAGGGCGGCGCGGCGGUGAGCGGGUUGAUGAAGGAGUGGAGGGGACAUGCUGGUGGAGAGGGCGGUGGUGUUUUGGGCUUCGUGCAGGGGGAGACGGGCGAGAGGGUUGUUACUGCUGGUGAUGAUGGUGUGGUGUUGGUUUUUGAGGCUUGAGGUUGAUCGUGUAUAGAUGAUGGUGGAUAAGGAGUUUGUGAUACGGAAAGAUUUAUACCUUAGACAGCGAAUUGAUUGUUGCGAAUUUGGCAACCUUAGACAGCGGUCCCCAUUGAUAUUCAACAUGAAAGAGUAUUUGCGAAGCGAAGCGUGUGAAAGCAGCAACGAUCUAGACCACCAUCAAAGACAGGCACCAACCAACAUUGAAGGAAGGUAGAGUCCGAAUCCGAUUUUUUUGCGUUUACAAGUCAAUGAAUGAGAUAACAAUCACUUACACGCACGUUAGUUACAUACAACCAACCAUGCUGGCGAUCCGGGUUGGAGAUAGAUGUUGUAAUCAAGAUUAACGAGCCGUUCGUUCUAAGCUUCCGACCACUACCGACUGGGAGAAAAAAGAAGAAAAUAAAGAAAGAAAGAGGUGUUCCAACAUCAACAUGUUUUUUUACCUUUACCAGGGAAGGAAAAAAAGAAAGUUAAGUGCG